CGGUAAUGCAAAUAUGGCCGCGACCGACUUCCGGUGCGCCUUGUACAGCUGGAAAUGGAUCAUUUCCGGGGCGGGAGGUUUGGUCGAGUGGGCAUGUGCUGGUGAAGUGACGCAGUUGCUUUAGCGGCACCUUUGGAUUGGCAGCGCGGGAAAGAUGCCUGAGAUCAAACUGAAGCACGUGGUGUCUUGUAGCAGUGCGGACACAACUCACACAGCAGAAAACCUACUGAAGCCGGACACCUACCGGAAGUGGAAAGCACAACAUGUCGGGGAGAAGCAGAUCUCUGUCAUCCUACAGUUGGAGAAGGAAGAGCAGAUCCACAGCAUUGAUAUCGGAAAUGAAGGCUCGGCCUUUGUGGAGGUGCUGGUCGGACAUUCUACAUCAGUCAGUGAGCAGGAAUAUGAGGUGAUCCUGGGAAUGUCCUCAUUCAUGUCGCCCAGCGAGAGCAAGAAUGGAAGUAACCUGAAUCGUAUGCGGAUGUUUGGGCCGGACAAGCUGGUAAAGGCGGCAGCGGAGAAGAAGUGGGACAGGGUGAAGAUUGUGUGCACUCAGCCGUAUACCAAGAAUCUGGCAUAUGGGCUUUCCUUCAUACGCUUCCACUCCCCUCCGGACAAAGAUGACCCCCCUCCAUCUUCACCAAAAGUGACCAAGCUGGGACAAUUUAAGGUGAAGGAGGAGGAGAGUUCAUCCCCCUCCAUGCGCCCUGGAGCUCUUUUCUUCAGUCGUGCAAACAAAACUGAAGUGACUCCCCCGAAAGCCCCACAGACCAGCUAUGCCGCCGUGGCAUUACAGGGCACCAGUUCCACAGAUGCCAGUUCUGAAAAACAAAUUACUAAGACGCCGCCGAGCAACACAGCGCCAAAGGAUCCGUCAUCUGGCAAACGGAAAUUCGAGUUAAAAAAGGAGCCCUCCAGCCACCCGCCCACGAAGGUCUCCCCGUCCCAUUCCAAAGAGAGCAACUCUCAGCCCCCACCCAAAAAAAUCAAAGCCGAGCCCCAGACGCCGCCGCCUGUAAAGAAGACCCCUCCCCAAGAGAAACCCUCUCACAAGAAGACUCCACCCAGCUCCCAGCCCGUAGAGAUGAAUCGGAUCCUACAAGGGACGGUGUUUGUGCUGAGUGGUUUCCAGAAUCCAUUCCGGUCUGACCUUAGGGAUAAAGCCCUGGAGAUGGGGGCCAAAUACAGACCAGACUGGACCCCAGACAGCACCCACCUCAUAUGCGCAUUUGCCAAUACUCCAAAAUACAGUCAAGUCAAAGCGGCAGGAGGAAUUAUUGUACGCAAGGAGUGGAUUCUGGACUGUCACAGGAAGAAGCAACGUCUACCGUACAAAAAAUAUUUGAUGGACGGAGCUGACAGCAGCAGCGAGGAGGAUGAGGACAGUGAAGAAGAUUCUCCGCCUCGACAGAAACCUCCAGCUCACAGACCGAAACCUGACCCUGGACGGGCAAACCACAAGAAUCAGUCAAGUCCUGCAAAGGCCAAACCUGCGAGGGCCACAGUCAAGGAGGAGAGCGAAGAAGAGGAAGAAAAACCCAGUGUAUUGAAAAAAGAAAAACCCAUAAAACAAGAGGUUGACUUUGGAGGGUCUACAGAUGAGGACAUGGGUGGAGACCGGUGUCAGGACGAUGAUUCUGGGGGAGACACAGAGGACGAACUGAGAAAGAUAGAGGAUCAGAAGCAGACGGCAAAGAAAGAACAGCGCUCAGCACCAGAUGAUGAUCCCUACGCUGGAUCAACAGAUGAGAACACAGAUGUGGAGGAAGAGCCAGAGAUCAACCUACCUAUUCCUGAGCUUCCAGAUUUAUUUGUCGGCAAACACUUCUUCUUGUACGGGGAGUUCCCUCCUGCUGAACGUCGCCUGCUGCAGCGGUACAUUACAGCGUUUAAUGGGGAAUUGGAAGAAUAUAUGAAUGAAAAGGUUCAAUUUGUGAUCACUGCGCAGGAAUGGGAUGACAGCUUCGAAGAGGCCCUCAAUGACAACGCCAGCCUGCAUUUCGUCCGCCCGCGAUGGAUCUACAACUGCAACGAGAGGCAGAAGUGCAUCCCCCACCAGCCCUACGUGGUGGUACCGCAGGCGUAGCUACCGGUGGACUAACUUUUUUUUUUUUUUUUUGUUUAUUGAAAAAUGGUCGUGGAUUACAAACGUGUAUUUAUAACGAAUAAGAAGUAUCAGAUUCUAGGAAAGCUGGGUGACAGCCUAACUGAUAUUUAACCAUAUGGUGACGAGGGAGGGGGGGGGGGGGGUUUAUAUCCGCUGCUUCGAUUAGAGUUGCCGUUUGGGACUUAAGGAAAGCCGAUGAACAAUUGGUCACGGAGGUCGUGUUGAUAUUUACCCAACUUUCCAAGAAACGGAUAUAACUAGAGCGUAGAAUGGGGAGGAAAGGAAAUGACAGAAAGGAAGGCAGCUUACAUAUUUUUUCUUUUAGGGGGCGCUCUUUCAGGAGGGUGUAUGUUGGUCUUUUGUACAUGUAGAAGUGUAAAAAGGAAAAAACGAAAAUGUAUGUGUAUAUAUUAGGUCAACAAAGACACUAUCUAAGGGAGAGGCUACCCCUUGCCUUCCUCUAAGACAGUGUUUCCAAAGCAGGGUGCCUCCAGCUGUUGCAAAACUACAACUCCCAGCAUGCCCGGACAGCCGAAGGCUGUCCGGGCAUGCUGGGGGUUGUAGUUUUGCAACAGCUGGAGGCACCCUGGCUCUGAGAAGACCCAAGCACAUGGCCGCCACACCUUCUGCUGUGUGAAUGAAGUCCAAGACCUCCUGUAUCCAGAAUUUUUUUGGUCAACACUAUUGUAUUACAUUGGAUAAAGUGAAAGUGAUUUUUUUUUUUUAUUCAAAUUUUUUAUUUUUAUUUUUUUCGAAGAGGGGGAGAAAACUUUUUUUUUUUUU